AUGUGUCCGUUGAGACGGAGUUUUCCGUUGGUGCAGAUAAUCUCCACCACCACCGCCACCACCACCUCCGCCACCACCGCCCUCUCCCUCGCCUCCACGCCCCCUCCCACGCCCACCGUCACCGACCGCGUCUUCAUGGACUUCAGCCUCUGCCCCAACAACUUCCUUCCGGACCGGGCCGACACCAUCUCCCCUCUCUGCUCCGACUCCUCCUUACUGGGCCGCGUCAUAUUGGGCCUCUACGGGAACCUCGUUCCCAUCACCGUCUCCAACUUUAAGUCCAUGUGUUUGGGCCUCAACGCCACCUCCUCCUCCUACAAGAACACACUCGUCCACAGGGUCUUUCCCGGCCAGUACUUCCUCGCCGGCCGCCAGGGCCGCCCCGACAAGGGGGAGGUCCGGCCGCCGCACGACCUGCCGCGCAACACCGAAACCGUCGACGCCAAGGCCUUCGCGCUCACGCAUUCUAGACCCGGCGUCGUUUCGCUCUCUCUCUCCGAAAACGACGACGACGACGAAAUCAAGCUUGACCCUGCGUACCGGAACGUGGAAUUCUUGGUCACCACUGGGCCCGGGCCUUGCCCCCAGCUCGAUAAUAAGAACAUUGUCUUUGGAACCGUGCUCGAAGGUUUGGAUGUCAUCACAGCCAUAGCUUCCAUUCCCACAUACCAACCAUCUGAGCGAAUUCGCCAGUUUAAUGACUUGGCUCAAUUUUUUGGAGAUGAAAGGGCUCAGAAUGCUAGGAACAUAUGGAACAGGCCUCUCACGACUGUUUAUAUUAGCGACUGUGGGGAACUGAAAGUUACAAAGCCUUCCCUCACGCCUUCUUUGCCAUAAUUUAUUUCCAUUUAUGUAUAUAUUGUCCCAGAGGAUUUCAUGUAACUGGUGUAUGUAAAAUCAUACUCACAUAUUCUUUGAAAAUAAAUGAUGAUGAAUACAACCUAUAGUGAGCACCA